AUGGUGGGGACCAGGAGAAGUACUGGCUGUGAAACUUGUCGGAAACGGAAGAAGAAGUGCGGCGAAGAGCUCCCUGAAUGUGCCGCGUGCAGAAAGUCUGGGUGGAAAUGUCCAGGCUAUAGCCGACGCUGGAAGUUUGUGGAUGAAAACUCCCAGCUCAUUUCGCUCUACCGAAGAAAGAAAUACAUCUUCGACGAUGUCGAUGAGUCUCGGGGUCCUGACUGGAAACAGCCAGAAUACGUAUCUUAUGGCCCGGUCUCACCUGAAAAGGAAAUCCCGGCCCCCAACCCUGGAUAUAAACCUAUCAUCCAGUGCCACCUGAGUACACCUUCCGACCAGACUUGUGCGGCACUCUGUUACAUGCUGGACAGACCAGAAAGUCAGACUCGCUUCCCUGUCAGGUCUUUCGGUGGCUUCCUGGAGAUGAUCCCUAGCCGCCUCGGUCGCAACGUUGCAUUGGACGACUCUAUAUCGUGCAUAUGCAGUAUUUACACAGAUGCACCAAGAUGUGCGCCAGGGACUACAACAUCCCUUAAGCUCUAUGCAAGAAGUUUGAACUCUCUUCGGAAAUCUUUGGGGUCGCCACAAGCCCGCACCGAAUCAGAGACAAUAUGUGCCUCUAUCAUCUUACAGAUUUGCGAGCUCAAUUUGAGUGAUGAUAUGGGCCGGUGGGAUAGUCUCUGUAGGGGCUCAAAGCUCCUGAUCCAGCAAUGUGGCCCUACCCGAUUUUCAGAACCUUUUGAAAGAUCAAUGCUUGAGUCGCAGCGAGCUUGGUUUAUCGUCCAGGACGUAGAUUCUGAACGACAGUGCUUCUUAUCGCACAAGCAUUGGCGAGACUUGCUUGAAACAUCUCGAAGACUGGAUGUAGGCAAAGAGCCUCGCGGCUUCUCCCUACGCGCCGAACUUUGUGAAUUUCUUGUCGAAGUCCCGAGUCUCAUCGCAGAGGUCUCAUACGUAUCGAAGCACAUGGACGCCAACGAUAUCACCUCUGUGGACUUUGCGAAUAGGCACCAAAAGGCAUUGCUUCGAACGUUAGCGUUGAAACGCUCGCUUGAAAGCUGGUAUUCCGCGAAGUUGGAACCUCAACGCCCCUCUCCUAUCUUCCAGUCAAACGAUCAACAGCUAGUACGAGCCGACGGCGCAGUGACUCGGAUGCCCGGCGAUCAGCCAAAAUUUGCUUACCCGGAGUUGCUUUCUGCAGUGGCUGACUGCGUCUCGAAUUCUUUGAUGGUAAGGCUGGGCAUGUUACUGUCGAGUAUGCUUUCGAUUUCGCCGUACCAGCGUGACAGGGUCGACCUCUAUCCUUGUCUGGGCGUCAUGUUGAGAAGAAGAGAUGCCGCGUCUCAGUCCCUGGACAUUGUCAGGUCUAUCUCACACGUAGCGGCUAAGCCUUUGGACUUUGGCCUACGGCAGCUCUGGGCCAAUGGCACGGGAAAUCUUGACUCGGUGAUUGAAAUUGGAGGGAGGUUGCAGGCGCCGUCUUGA